UCUCCGUGAAAUGAUCCGGCGCUGACGCUGAGGAGGCCCCCGUCUGACGUCACCCGGAAGCGGAAGCAGUUUGUGCACAGGGUUCGCUUGGCUAUAAAGCCAGCGUACACCGGCGGCACAACACAACCACCCUGUUGAAGGGUACCUCAACAAAAACUUGUCGCCUGUAGCCCUCGCUGUCUUUGCGGCGCCGUCAGCAGUGUGACCCCGCUCCAUCAACAGUGUGACCCCGCACCCGACUUUAAAGCGAAGAGCACAAUGUGAUUUUUGCCAGACCUGAGUGAUCCCGAUAACUCCCCACUCACUCCAUCUGCUGUCGCCGUUGCAUUCAUUCCGCCUCAUGAAUCUUCCUCGUAGCCCUUGCGUCAUGGCUCUGGCCGGGGUGAGAGUCAUCGAGCUGGCGGGCCUGGCCCCGGCGCCGUUCUGCGGCAUGAUCCUGGCCGACUUUGGAGCCAAGGUGAUCCGCGUGGACCGGACCAAGGCCCUCAUGUCUUUGGACACUCAAGGGCGGGGCAAGCGCUCCGUGGCCAUCAACCUGAAGACGCCCGAGGGUGUGACCUUGCUCCGGAAGCUCUGCGUCCAGUCCGACGUCGUCCUGGAGCCCUACCGCAAAGGCGUGAUGGAGAAGCUGGGCCUCGGCCCGCAGCAGCUGCUGGAGGAGAAUCCUCGGCUGAUCUACGCUCGGCUGACGGGGUACGGGCAGAGCGGGCCGUACGCCGCCGCCGCGGGGCACGACAUCAACUACGUCGCCCUCUCAGGCCUUCUGUCCCGGCUGGGUCGCAGCGGGGAGAAGCCCUACGCUCCGUUGAAUCUGCUGGCGGACUUUGCAGGAGGCGGCCUCAGCUGCGCUCUGGGGAUCGUCCUGGCCCUGCUGGAGAGGACAAAGUCCGGGAAAGGACAGAUCAUCGACGCCAGCAUGGUAGAAGGAGCCGCAUACAUGGGUUCAUUCGCGUGGAAGUCUCGUAGCAUCGGCAUGUGGGACCGCCCGAGAGGACAAAACAUGUUGGACAGCGGGGCGCCCUUCUACGACACCUACGAGACGGCAGAUGGGAAGCACGUGGCCGUGGGAGCCAUAGAACCGCAGUUCUACACGCAGCUGCUGAAGGGUCUCGAGCUGGACGCCGGGGCGCUGCCUCCUCAGAUGAGCUUCGCCGAUUGGCCGGAGCUGAGACGGAUCUUCACGGCGAGGUUCGCCUCCAGGACCCAGGCGGACUGGGGCAGGACCUUCGACGGGACGGACGCCUGCGUCACGCCGGUGCUGUCUCUCGACGAGGCGAGCGCGCACCCGCACAACCGCCAACGGGCGUCCUUCGUGAGGGACGCCGGCGGCGGGGAGAGCCCCCGGCCGGCGCCCGUCCUCUCCCGGACCCCCGCGGCGCCCUGCCUGGCCGCCGACCCGCUUAUCGGAGAGCACACCGCCGAGGUGCUGAGCGAGUUUGGCUUCGCGGCGGCGGACGUGGAGCGGAUGCUGGCGGCGGGGGUCGUCGAGUGCAACGCCGUCAGAGCCAAGCUGUAGAGAACAAAAGGCGUACCGGUGAUUGAUUUGAUUGAUUAUGUUCCCCCCCUGAGUUUGUGUUCAUAGAUUAACAAAUCGGGAGCUGGUUUACUGUUGUAAUGAGGUUUUAUUGCCUUAACGUCAUGUGCAAAAAGUUCAUAUCUGUCGACAGACAGGAAAUUAUGUAAAUAAAAAUGUUGACUAUAUAUAAAAUUGGAAAUGAUCCACGAGGAGCUUAAAGCAAUUUAAUAUUUGCAUCAUCGCAUUACAUUUAUUUUAUGUUUUAAAAAAAAAAACACCUGCAGGGACAGUUUUCGGGAAAGACUUUGAAUUGGAGAAAAGUAAAUGGUCAACUGUUCUGUUAAUCUAUUACACGCAUAGUCAGCCAAAUAUUUUCCAGUUUCAGCUCCCGUAUUUAAGAUGAUGCUUGUUUUCAGUUUAUGGGGAAAUAUCUUUGGGUUUUUGGACUUAUGACAAGAAAUAAAUGCAACAUUUAAGGUUGUUGUUGUUCACAAAUUAAAUUAACAAAAUAUCAAAUUAAAUCAAUUAAUGGAGAAGAUGAAUCUAAAACUAAAGUAAUUGUCACUCUGCCUUGUUUGCACGCUUGUCUGCUAGUGUCCUUUACGUUACUAUAACCUACAUCAUCAGUCACCUCAAGAGCUAAGAGUGAAAGUAGCUCGUUUUUCUUGCUCUUUUGUGGGACACAGAGCUUUUCCCUCCAUCACGGUUCCAUCCUCAUGAAUGUACCUGCAGCAAUGUCCCGUCAUAGUGAGUAGUGCUUUGAAGACAA